GCAUUUCCGGGACGUUCACGCUCGAGUUGGAUCGCUUCCCCGUUUACGAACCAGAUAAGGCCCACCGCAUUUCAAGCUAUACUACAUUACCGCUGUGAUUUAGCCGCACUGAUUACGAAAUGUGGAUUUUUUAUCAUUGCAGAAAGCAAUAACUGCUGCCGCUAAUACAUUCCGGGGGUCAGUGUCUACUACGAGUUAGAAAAUGUCAGGAGCGGCCACCGGAGGGGCGUCCUCUUGCAUCAGCGCAGCCGCCGCCAGCAGCAGUUCAGCGGGGUCCAGCUAUGGCGCCUUGGGCGGAGGCUGCGGAGUGGCGGGCAGACUACCCAGCCGUGUUCUCGAGCAUGUGUUCUCUUAUCUGGACCUGUAUGAUUUAAUGCGAUGCUCGUUAGUGUGCUGGCACUGGAACAACUGUCUGGCAGACGAGAACAGCGAGGUGUGGCGGUGUCUCGCCGCACGCUCACUCAGCGACGAGGCGCUACGCUCCGACAUUCUCUGCAAUAUUCCUACGUACAAGGGGAAGCUCAAGGCGUCCCAGCACGCUCUGAGUUCCCACGACUGUUCGCGGAACGUGUACGUGAAGAAGAACGGCUUCACUCUCCACCGCAACCCCAUCGCCCAGAGCACGGAUGGCGCGCGCGCCAAGAUUGGCUUCUCUGAGGGCCGGCACGCCUGGGAGGUGUGGUGGGAGGGGCCCCUGGGCACCGUGGCAGUGAUCGGCAUCGCCACCAAGCGUGCCGCCAUGCAGUGCCAGGGCUACGUGGCUCUGCUGGGCAGCGACGACCAGAGCUGGGGCUGGAACCUGGUUGACAAUAGCCUGCUGCACAACGGAGAGGUCAAUGGAAACUUCCCCCAGUGCAACAAUGCCCCCAAAUACCAGAUCGGGGAGCGGAUCCGCGUGAUCCUGGACAUGGACGACAAGACACUGGCCUUCGAGAGAGGCUUUGAGUUUCUGGGCGUGGCCUUCCGAGGGCUGCCUAAAGCCUGCCUGUUCCCCGCCGUCUCCGCCGUCUACGGCAACACCGAGGUCACCAUGGUAUACCUGGGCAAACCCCUGGAUGGCUAGUGCACCUGGGCCAGGUGUCAGGGAGAAUCACGCUGCAGACGGAUGAAGAGGUGUUGACAUUCCACACCACGAGGGAACAGAACCCAGUAGACCAGAGGGUUGGGGGGUGUUAUGUCAGAAGUGUUUCUGUCUCCCAGUGGUUGUACACACAUCAGCUGCAGGACCUUUUUAUUUAUGUGAUGGAAGGACUUUAUUAACAUUUUAUUUUGAACAUUUAUGAAGUAACACUAUUGAAUAUUGAGGAUUUGUGUCCAUUUAAAAGAGCCAAACCAAAUACAACGCAGAAGCUGCAUGAGCCAUGUUGUGAUUACAUGAUGGGACGUUCGUUUAAAAGGACAUCCUGCAUCUCAUUUGAUAGUUGCUUUGAGGCAAAGCAAACAAAAAAAGCAAAGUUCCAUCUCACCGUCCACAAAAACCCUGGCAGAUGCCCUGCUCCCAUACAGAAGGAGAAGACAUACAGGUUUCCUGUCACUAUGGACUUUAGAGGUUCAGAUCUGGAUCCAUGUUUAUGAACAUGGACUCAUAUGGACUUGAGAUCACUGUUGAAGUCAGAGAGCAUAUUUUCGUUUUGAGUGUAAAGAAGUUUAAAUCAUGACAGUAGAUGAAAGAAUUGCACGUCCUAAUAAUACCUAUUGUACAACGUGGCAGUAUCUGUGUAUUUAUCUCCAAACAAAUGUAACUGACAUUAAGGCUUAUGUGAUGACCUCAUGCCAAACUAAAAUGGAGGCCUGUUCCUCCAGGGAGCUAUGAGGAGUGCCAGUACUGCCGGCCAGCAGCACUGGUCAAUCUUGCUGCAGGGUUAAGCUUAUGGUCAGGGUUAGCUUCAGUGGACGGUUAACAGGGAGGGGAGUGUGUGAGCUGUCUGGAACUGCAUCCCUGCUACUAUGGUGUUAUAUAUCAUGCUAUUUAUUGAGAGGUUUUAUCAGUGCGACUGUGGAUGCAGCCAUGAAGCCUUAGCUUCCUCAUAACUUUAGCUCUAUUAAAGUCUAGAUGGUGCCAGUCAA